CAUCACUCUGUGUCUCUUUCUCUUCAGAUAUAUCAUAUAGAGGAUAGCUGUGAUUCCCUGAGAUCAGCUGACCGCUAAUUCGCGCUAAUUCUCUAAAAACAACAGCCAGGAGAGUGACGUCAGCGGUGAUCCCGCGCCAAUCGCGCGGUGAUUGGUCGAGACGCGCUCACCCUGUCCCGCGCGCUGCGCUCGCGCUUCAGUUGUGUUCGUGAGGGACCGAGGCGCGAGCUCUCCUCCGGUACAGCGGCAGCAUGGGGAACGCGCCCGGUACAUCUCUGGAGGAGCUGAGCGCGUGCGAAUCUCACCAGUGGUACCGGAAGUUCAUGACCGAGUGUCCGUCCGGUCAGCUCACCUUCUACGAGUUCAAGAAGUUCUUCGGUCUGAAGAAUCUGUCGGAGUCCUCAAACGAGUACGUGACGACCAUGUUCAAGACCUUCGACAUGAACGACGACGGCUGUAUAGACUUCAUGGAGUACGUCGCGGCUCUGAGUUUGGUCCUGAAGGGCGGCGUUCAGCAGAAGCUGCGCUGGUACUUCAAGCUCUACGACGUGGACGGCAGCGGAUGCAUCGACCGAGACGAGCUGCUGCUGAUCUUCAAGGCCAUUCGAGCGAUCAACGGCACAGAACAGGAGGUUUCAGCAGAAGAGUUCACCGACAUGGUGUUUGACAAGAUUGACCUGAAUGGAGACGGUGUGUUGUCUCUGGACGAGUUCAUGGAUGGCAUCCAGGCGGACGAGGUGCUCUUGAACAUGUUGACGCAGACUUUAGAUCUGACUCAUAUCGUCAAAAAAAUCUACAGCGAGAUCAACUCUGAGCAGCAGGUCACCUGACCCCAGACCAGCCCGAGAUCAGGUGCUAAACAUGAUGAAGAUGACGGUAGUGCUGGUUCUGGACGGGUCGGCUUGCGGCUGCGGCUGUUUCUCACGUUAAAAGCUGAACUGAAGAGGAUUGAACCCUCGACCCUUCAGAUGUUAUCAGUGUUCAUCAACGGCUGAUUAUUCUCUUACAGAAGAUCAUUAGUGACCGACUAACGUUACUGAAGCUAGAGCAAACACUUUAAGUGCACUUAUAUACGUUUAUUUUGACUUUAAACCUUGAAUCAUUGCUGUGAAAUACAUUUCUUCAGUCCUGUGAUGUGUAUCAAGGAAAUCACACGUUAUUUAUGUUAAAAAAAACCUUGCAGUAUUAUAUUUUGCAGGUACAUUUAUAAUGUUAUUACACUUGGAUUCCCUCUUCAAAAUAAAACAUGAAAUGUG